ACAAGUUGCUCACUCUGGAAGCUGCCGGAGACACGCCUGCGCCAACAUGGCGGCGCCUAUUCGGGGCGCGCCUGUUCGCUACGGGUUUGGGCCGGGGCGGGGGUCUGGGCUUUAGGCAGUAAGUGGAGCUGGCGGCCGGGGUUCUGGGGAGGGACCUGGGAGGCGUAGGGACCGUGUGGGUGGCACGGCCUGAGGAGGGAGAGGCGAGGGACUUCCGGGCCGGCCCGGGGACGCGGAGUUCUGGCGUCGGGUCAGUGGUCCUCGGCAGGAGGACUUCGGCCUCCUCGCGCCUCGGGCCCGGGGUGACUGGGAGGGCCUGAGGGCCUGGCCUAGGCCGGGAGUGGGAGAGACGGGAGUCCCGGCCACGAGCUCGAGGUCGGACUUCCGAGUUCCACUUCUUGUGCUUCUCUUUUGAGGAAAGCGUUGAACAGGAAAAUAAGUGCAUUUCAGCGUUUCCUGUCACUUAGGCGCUGUGCAGGGAGCUUUGCGUUUCUCGUUUCCAGGCGGCCCUCCGCCGCGCCGCACUCACGGGAGACCCUGAGCGGGUGGCCUGGAUCCCUGGGGCCGACGUCAGGACCGCUGGGUACCGACGAGGCGGCCUUUUGCUCCGUAAUUUUCAUGGUCGUGAACCUCCUCGCGACUCUCCAGCUUGGGGGCCAUGCACUUAGCUGCUGUAAAGGGUAAUAUUUAGUUUCACAAUGUUUGGGGACCUAUUUGAAGAGGAUUAUUCCAGUGUGUCAAAUAAUCAGUAUGGAAAAGGAAAAAAAUUAAAGGCCAAACCAUUGGAGCCACCUGCUCCUAGAGAGUUUACCAAUUUAAGCGGAAUCAGGAAUCAGGGUGGAACUUGUUACCUCAAUUCCCUUCUUCAGACUCUUCAUUUUACACCUGAAUUCAGAGAAGCUUUAUUUUCUCUUGGCCCAGAAGAGCUUGGUUCUUUAGAGGAAAAGGAUAAUCCUGAUGCAAAGGAAAUGAGGCAACAUGAUGUGCAGGAACUGAAUCGAAUUCUCUUUAGUGCUUUGGAAACUUCUUUAGUUGGGACCUCCGGCCAUGAUCUCAUCAAUCGUCUAUAUCAUGGGACCAUUGUUAACCAGAUUGUUUGUAAAGAAUGUAAGAAUGUCAGUGAAAAGCAGGAAGACUUCUUAGAUCUAACAGUAGCAGUCAAAAACGUAACAGGUCUGGAAGAUGCACUCUGGAACAUGUAUGUAGAAGAGGAAGUGUUUGAUUGUGACAACUUAUACCACUGUGGAUCUUGUGACCGGCUGGUGAAAGCAGCAAAGUCGGCCAAAUUACGUAAGCUGCCUCCCUUUCUUACUGUUUCAUUAUUAAGAUUUAAUUUUGAUUUUGUGAAGUGUGAACGAUACAAGGAAACUAGCUGUUACACAUUCCCUCUUCGGAUCAAUCUCAAGCCUUUUUGUGAACAGAGUCAACUGGAUGACUUGGAAUACAUGUAUGACCUCUUCUCAGUUAUUAUACACAAAGGUGGUUGCUAUGGAGGGCACUAUCAUGUGUAUAUUAAAGAUGUCGAUCAUUUGGGAAACUGGCAACUUCAGGAGGAAAAAAGUAAACCAGAUGUGAAUUUGAAAGAUCUUCAGAAUGAAGAAGAGAUUGAUGAUCCACUGAUGAUUCUAAAAGCAAUCUUAUCACAGGAGGAGAGUAAUCUGAUUCUUGUUGAUCAUCUGGGCCAGAAACUUUUGAAAAAGAUAGGAAUAUCUUGGAACAAGAAGUACAGAAAACAGUAUGGACCACUGCGAAAGUUUUUACAGCUUCAUUCUCAGAUCUUUCUACUCAGUUCAGAUGAAAGUACAGUCAGUCUAUUGAAGAACUCUUCUCUGCAGGCUGAGUCUGAUUUCCAAAGGAAGGAUCAACAAAUUUUCAAGACACUUACUUCAGAAUCCCCAGGAUUAAAUGAUAGAACCUCCUGUUCCCACUGGUUUGAUAUAAAUGAUUCCAAGGUCCAACCCAUUGAGGAAAAGGAUAUUAAACAGCAAUUUCAGGGCAAAGAGAGCGCCUAUAUGUUGUUUUACCGGAAAUCCCAGUUGCAGAGACCACCUGAAGCUCGAGCUAAUCCAAGAUACAGGGUUCCAUGUCAUUUGCUGAAUGAAAUGGAUGCAGCCAACAUUGAACUGCAAACAAAAAGGACAGAAUAUGAUUCUACAAACAAUAUCUUUGAAUUGCAUCUCCACCUGGGCCCUCAUUAUCAUUUCUUCAAUGGAGCCCUGCACCCAGUAGUCUCUCAAACAGAAAGCGUGUGGGAUUUAACCUUUGAUAAAAGAAAAACUUUGGGAGAUCUUCGACAAUCAAUAUUUCAGCUGUUAGAAUUUUGGGAAGGAGACAUGGUCCUUAGUGUUGCAAAGUUUGUACCAGCAGGACUUCACAUCUAUCAGACACUUGAUGGAGAUGAUCUGACACUGUGUGACAUUGAAAUUGCUGAUGAGGAAGACAUCUUCGUAUGGAAUGGAGUGGAGGUUGGCGGAAUCCAGAUUCCCACUGGUAGUGACUGUGAACCUCUGCUUUUGAAUGUUCUUCAUCUGGCAACAGGCAGUGAAGAGUGUCGGCAGUUGGUAGAAUCUCCACAGGUCUUCCCAGCUAAUGCAGAAGUGGGCACAGUAUUCACAGCCUUAGCAAUUCCGGGAGGUGUCAUCUUCACCAGCAAUACUGCAUCUGUAGGUGGAGAGAGCUGGACUGCCAUUCCCAAGGAGGACUUGAAGAAGACAUUCAGAGAACAAGGCCUCAGAAACGGAAGCUCGAUUCUGAUUCAGGAUUCCAGUAAUGAUAAUAACAGUUUGUUGACCAAACAAGGGAAAUGGAUCACUACUGUGAAUGAGGUUGACUGGGUCCAAGUUAAUAAUUUAUGUCAAUUAGAAUCUGAAGAGGAGCAAGUUAAAAUAUCAGCAACUGUUAACACAGUGGUGUUUGAUAUUCGAAUUAAAGCCAUAAAGGAAUUAAAAUUAAUGAAGGAACUAGCUGAGAACAGCUGUUUGAGACCUAUUGAUAGAAAUGGGAAGCUUCUUUGUCCAGUGCCAGACAGUUAUACGUUGAAGGAAGCAGAACUGAAGAUGGGGAGUUCACUGGGACUCUGUCCUGGAAGAGCACCAACUUCCUCUCAGCUGUUCCUGUUUUUCGCUAUGGGAAGUGAUAUCCAGCCUGGGUCAGAGAUGGAAAUCAUAGUAGAAGAAACAAUCUCUGUGAGAGAAUGUUUGAAGAUAAUGCUGGAGAAAUUUGGCCUACCAGGUGACACGUGGCACUUAAGGAAAAUGGAUUGGUGCUAUGAAGCUGGGGAGCCUUUGUGUGAAGAAGAUGCAACACUGAAAGAGCUUAUGCUAUGUUCUGGAGACACUCUGCUUUUAACUGAAGGAAAACUUCCUUCUCCGGGUCUCCUGAAGGUGCCCAUCUGGUGGUACCAGCCUCCGGGGCCCAACAGUCAGGGGAAGAGACAUCUGGACCAGACGAACUGUACCCCUUCUCAAGGCGGGGUCUGGAGAGCUACUUCCACCCCAGGUGCUGCUGGUGAUGUGCAUGUGGAUGUUCCCCUCCGCUACCUGGGAGACGUCAAAAUCUCAGAAGAUGCCACCUUAGGGGAGCUGAAGGCUCAGGCUAUGACCUUGCCCUCCUUGUCGGAGUUUUUCAUCCCGUCCCCUGCCUUCCUCAGAGCCUGGACAAUGGACAGUAAGCGUCCCGGGAGGCUUUUACGAAAAAACCAGCAGCAGCUCAGGGAAUAUAAGUUGGGGAAGAGAACUGAGAUCUGCUUAGAACCCCUUCAGAAAGAAGAACACUUAGGCCCUCAGGACAUGCUGCUGAGGACACAGAUGCGCCUCCCUGGCGAACGGGCAUAUGCCCUGCCCGUGGACGUGGUGUGGGACGCUGCCCGGGGCACUGCCAGCUCCCUGCGGCAGCGAGUGGCUGACUUCUAUUCCCUUCCUGUAGAGAAGAUUGAAAUUGCCAAAUACUUUCCUGACAAGUUUGAGUGGCUUCCAGUGUCCAGCUGGAACCAGCAAAUUACCAAGAGGAAAAAGAAGAAAAAGCAAGAUAAUUUGCAGGGGGCACCUUAUUACUUGAAAGAUGGAGAUAUUAUUGGUAUUAAGAAUCUCCUGGUGGAAGAGGACGAUGACUUCAGCACAGUCCGAGAUGACAUUGGGAGGGAGGACCCUGCUCUGGGGAAAAGGAAAAGCCAGGAAGCACUUCGCGUGCAGAGCAAUGGCCUUCUCUCCAGUGCAGAGACACCUGGCCGGCCCCACAGACCAGAAGCUUCUCUGUCCAUCCACGUGGGGAGUUUCAGAUAGCGCCAGCACCGCUGAGGUCCCUGUGGGCUCAGGUCCAGUCGGAACUGGUACCAGGGCCUGGCCAGCAGCGGGCUCUGCCCCUGCCAACUUUGCUUGUGGUUCCGUGAGAGCAGGCUUGUAGGCUGCUUCCAUUUUAUUAGAGGGACGUUUGGUCUCGGGCCAGGCAAGUGCACUUUCUCACCGGCCUGCACAGCAUGGCCACCGAUGGACUCCCAGCUGGGCUGUCUUACAGGUGCCAGUGAGACUGCACUGGACCCAGCCACCACAGUUACAAGAACAUUGCCUAGUUCUGCAUCGACUCCAGGCUCGCAUAGCAUGUUGGCCAGUGAAGUGCACACAGUCCACUCUCCUCCCUUCACUGUUCAGACAACGUAGUAUCUGCAUUCAGAGCUUCUGAGAGCUCAGCACGCUGAUGGGCUGGCCAGGCUGGUGCAGGACACAGAGGGAGUCUGUUCUAGUUCAAAGUGUGUCGUCCAUGAUCAGAACGUUCCGGAAGCCUGUGCGCUGAGCUAAUGGUCUGAGAAACCUCUCCUGAAACAAACAAAGGAAACGUGCACAAGCUCCUUUUCCUCUCCCUUUAGCAUGGCCAGCUACGGAUUUAAAAGAUGUAACUGGCAUUUAUGACAAAUGCUGCAUCUGUGUUACGAACCGACUGACACUUAGGACACAGACGAUUCACUUAACUCAGUCAAAAGUGGGAUUCCUGAAAAGAAAGUAAAUUCUUCACUUUUAUGCCUCCAACAAGGCGAAGUACAGUUACAACGUCACACAAAUCUCUCAUCAGCCCUUCAUCACCGACAUUAAGAUAGCACUUCCAUGUUCAGAGGUGGACGAGGUCUCCUGUCCCGCUCGCUGAGAGAGGAAGUAAGUGGACAUUGGGUUGGAUGAGCCCGCUUUUGCCUCCUGUCCCCCUUCCAGCCUCAUCAGAACCAGCUGGAACCCUCAGUCUCCUCCCUAUUUGUCUGAGGUUGUUGGGUCUAAACUGUGCUAAUUUGUAAGAAGUUGGACUUUCACUAGCAAGCUGCCCCCAUGUUCUCAACACUCAGCCCGCCUCAGGAUGCGCACUUGGGGUGGCGGCAUGUUUGUGAAGAUCCUGGACUGUGAGCUCAGUGUGGCUGGGAGCCCAGCCCUCGGUGCAAACUCUCCUGUUCCUUUUACUGUAACUGACAUGUCUCCUGCUGCACCCUUCGUGUCAUUUUAAGGUAAUGAAGUAAUGUAAUAACUGAAAGCUUUGCUGUUGAGAAGCCAGACACCUCACUGGAUGUGACUCACCAAGACAGAGGGGGAUGGGUGGGUGUGCCUUAGGGUCCGCAGUGAGCCGCCGGGGCCUCCAGCUCCUUUUUUUCUUAAAGUUGCGAUGCACUGGGGCUGCAGAGAGAGCUGUACAAUUUAAUAAAGAACAAAUAAAUUGUCUUCACGUUCCAUUUUAAGCUGA